AUGGAGAAACCUCCCCGCCCGCUCUUCCCUUCUUGCCUCCUAAGUGACGUUUCAUCGGCCCAGAUCUCGGUCCAUCUUGUCGACGCCCGUAGAUGUGCUCCCAAGUCCGUUGAGUCCGAACGCCAGCUUUCCCAACGAUAUUUCGGGGCGCCAGCCAUUCAACAGCCUGCAGCAUCGUCAGGCGCGCCUGAUACGGCCGCACACCUCCGCAUGUCCCGGAUCCUUGGCAACAAUCUGGUUCGGCACACGGGCGAGAUGCGAACGACUCAACCAUUCCAUGCCCCAGGGGUGCCUCGCCGAAAGAGCAGGGACGAUAGGCCGGGCUGGAUGACGCCCUGGGCGAGUACACCUAGAAGCCACAUGGCCUGA